AUGCGGCCUCGCAUCUUGAGGGAUCCUGGCGUACUGCCGACUCUUGUGGCGCGAUCGGAGGACGUCUUUGAGGAAAGCAGCUCGGGGUGUACUCUCAUUUGCACUCCCACCUCGAAUGUGGCUGUCGUUGGCGAGCGCUAUGACACCACGGCAGGUAAUGCGGCAGCUGCACUUCCAAUGAAGUGGGACAGAAACGAAGCACUGUGGCAGCUAAAGAUAGCCCUUGGUGUCACACCUGUAUUGCAGGGGAGAAGCGUGUCGCACCCGACGCACCCAGCCCCAUGUACUCACAACAGCGCAGAGUUGUCUGUGGAACCCAACGCACGGGACGAGGAAGUUGUUACAGUUACUCCGACAGCAUCCACCUCAACAAAACUGCCACCAUCAGCACUAGGAGCUUCUGGGAAGGGAAACGGUCUCGAUAGCUUCAUCCCCCCAGUUUAUAGAUUCAGCUCUGUCUCGUCGGCAUUCUCUUCACCGCUGCUGGAGGCCUAUCUGCAAAGCGCUUUGACUCGCAUCCAGGACGAAUGCGAUGCGCUGAUGCAGUACUUGGAAGUGGGUGCUGCUCCAUUAGGCGCAGAAGGACUGCAGACAAUCGCGGACGUGCCCGAUGAUGAGCUUCAAGCGGCGCAGCGAAUGUACUUACUCGCGGAGUCAUCGACACUGACCCAGCUGCAGCGGCGGGCAGAUGCCGCGAUACUAGAGAAGGAGUACGUCUUUCAGAUUCGCGAUCUCCUUGCUGCCGAACUGCAGCGGCGUCACGUACCGCUCGAAGCAGCCCAAGAUAACUUUCACCCCUUCUUUGAGCAGGUGGACCGCACUAAGAUGGCCCUCGAUGACUACUAUCACGUGCAAAGCGCGAUGCAUACAAUGACACCGAUGAUGGAGGCUGCGGUCGCCGUGGCGGAAUGCCUGCGCGAUGUCGAUGCCACCACAUCAGCGCAAGGGAUGCAGCACCUAGACGGCAUGGAGACGGCAAUGGACUCCUUGCUGGCGCAGGUUCAAGCAGACGCGGUGGUGUUGCGGAAGAAUUUGGCGGCACUGCACUGCCGUUUGGAGGCGCUCUAG